AUGAACAUAGGUUUCCUCCGGAAGGAGGGUGAUUUUCAGCUCAAAGAAUACGAAUUUGUUGACGGCUUUGAGAAGAAGGGCGAUUCCUACCUGAGUGAAGUGUACAGACUCCGACUUAGUGGAGAAAAUUCCACUUCCGGCGAAAUCAAGUGUCUCAAUUUUGUGGUCAAGGGCAUGCCGAGAAACAUCGGACGCAGAAAGACGUUCAGAUCAGCCGAUUUCUUCAGGAAUGAGAUAAUUUUUUAUGAACAAAUUGUCCCGGUGUUUGAGCAUUUCCAGGCUAGAAGAAAUCCUGAGCAUCCCUUCACGGAAUAUCCAAAUUGUUUUUCAUCCUUCUGUGAUGGGAAUCAAGAUUAUGUGGCUUUGGAUGACUUGAGUAAGUACGGAUUCAGGUCCGCAGAUCGACAUGAUGGACUAGACUUUGCCCACUGCAGUCUCAUUUUGAAAGCUCUGGGGAAAUUUCAUGGAGUUUCUCUGGCCAUGAAGGAUCAAGAGCCCGAAGAAUUCACUGAACUCGCACGGAAAAUUGAAGAGAUUUAUUACACUGCCCGUUUCAAGUCAUGGCUCAACGGUUUUGUGAAGUCACAAGUACUUGUCGCCAGAGAUGCUGUCGAAAAGGAAUAUCCUGAAACUGAGGUCGAAGAGAAAGUGCUGAAGUUCACAGAUAAUGAUCUAUUUGACCUCCUCACUGACAUCACUCACACCAAGAGUCCUUUGUCAGUGAUCAGUCACGGAGAUUGUUGGGCUCCAAACAUUCUGGUUAAGUAUGAAACGGAGAAGAAAAUUCCUGUAGACGUGAAGAUCAUUGAUUUCCAGUUGUUGAGAUACUCUACAUUGGCCAUGGAUCUCUCUUUCUUCAUCUACGCCUGCACUAGCCAGGAUCUUAGGGAGAAGCAUUAUGACGACCUCCUAAAAAUCUACCAUUCCAGCUGCUGUCGCAUGAUCGAAGAUCUCGGCUCCAAUGCAGACAUCUUCACGUACGCCGCCUUUCAAGAGGAGAUGAGAAUAUUCGCCCGCUCUGGCGUUGGUAUGGCUAUGGAGACUUUGCCUUUUGCCAUCAUGCCAGAGUCAGACGCCUUCGAUCUGGACUCCAUUCAGGGUGAUGAGGCGAUUCCUCUGCAGGAAAUUUGGGUUCUGAAACCAAUCAGCACGAAGGAAGGACGUCUUCGCCUGGCUAAUAUAUUCAAGCACGCCACAGAGAGAGGGUAUCUGGAUUGAAAAUUCCUGGAAAUAACAUUUUAUCCUAUUUUUAUAUCUCAGGUGAAAGUCCAUUCAAAUUAUAUAAAUU